UUUUUUUGAUAGAUAUUCUAUAUAGGGUGGAUCUUAUAACUUAUAAGCAAAAAAUGUAUACAGUUACAUGUACCUAUGAAUUCAGAUUAAAUCUAAUUUCUAAACAAGUUCAUCACGAUUCAAUUCAGGUCGCUGGGAAUAAAAGUUUGACCAAUGGGACGAAUUCUUCGGAAGCAGAUUCGAGUCUCGAGAAUGUUUGUAACAGUACGGGAACUGAAGCCGUUGCCGUUCUGCUACCGCCACUUCUGGAAUCCAACUUCUCACUGGCGCUUCUUUACAUUGUACUUAUGUCUGUCUUGAUGGUACUGGGUACUUUUGGAAACGUCUUGAUCAUCAUGAUAAGUGCCUGCAACAAUGCCUUCAACAAAGUUGGGAAGGCCUUCAUGGUGAAUCUUGCUAUAGCGGACUUGUGUGUGGCUGGACUGGCUGACCCCAUGUGUAUACUUGGAGUGAUAAAAGGGGCCACCUUCUUUGAUGACAAGUUGGAACUUUGCCAUUUCAUUGCCAGUAUGUGCCUUACAGCAUGCUUCUGUGCCUUUCUUAGCCUUACCAUGCUGACAAUCAACAGGUGUUUCUACGUCUGUCACAACACCUUUUAUCAGAAAUUUUACACGCGUGUCACAACUGGGUUAAUGUGCAGCAUAUGUUGGAUCGUCGCCUUCCUUUGCGAAUUUCCAAAUUUUGUCGGCUGGGGUGCCCACACUUUCGACGAGAAAAAUCACCAAUGUAUAUGGGACAGAACUGCUUCUCUGUCUUAUUCCCUUUUUGUGUCAAUUUGCUUGAUUGGCGGGCCCUUGGUUGUCAUGGGGAUCUGCAACAUCAGAAUCGUUUUGGAAAUUUGGCAGAAGAAGAAAAACAUAUACGAAUUGGACAGCGACGGUCACUAUCCCUCUCUGAAAGCCUGGAAUGAGACGGUCCGGACAUCCAAGACUCUCUUCAUUAUCUUUACGUUAUUCAUGAUGUGCUGGACACCGUAUGCUGUUGUCAUUGCCAUUGAUAUUGGAGAUAGACUUUCGAUGGAAGUACAUCUCUUUGUGACGAUGAUUGCUCACACUCAUUCCAGUUUAAACUGCAUCAUCUACAUUUUCAGCAAUCAGAGGUUCAGGAGGUCAGCUUUGGGAAUCCUGGGUUGUAGAUGCACACAAAUAAAGGGGCCAACCUCCCAUUCUUCUGAGUCCAUUGAACAAAAGACACUUGGUAUGGUUGUUAAUUCCAUAUCCAUGUAACCUGACAAACUGAUCUAUUUACACAUUCCUAUCGAAAUACGAAACUAACAUCAUCUUAGAUUGAUUUAACGAUUCUGAUUUUGAAGUUAUGUCAUGCCGGUAAUAUUUUCUAUGUGCUACAUAGAAUCUGUUUCUCUCUUUUCUAUACAUGGAUAAUUGAAGUCUUCAUAUCGUCAACAAUUCAGUAAGCUAGGGCAGACAAAACACCGAAUAUCACUCAUACCAACAUAUAUGUUGUACUGUAAAUGUGUGAUUAUUUUCGCGGGGUGUUAAUUUCGCGAUUUCAAUAUGUAACUAUACGCGUGGAGCUAUUUUUUUGCGAUCGAUCCACUUUCGCUUGUAGUUCAAGAUUACGCAAAUUGAUAUAAAAACAAUACACGUGGGGGACAUUUUCGCGAACAAAAGGAGUUAGCGUGAUUAGCGUAAAUUUCCCUCUCGCGUAAAUUUCAAUGUUUACAGUAUAUGUGAACAUAAUGAUGCAUAAAUUGUAACGAAAGCAGGAGCAGAGAAGGAAAGAACCUACUUUAUCAGACGGGUUUCUACAAUGGUUGAGGCGGGGAUACAUUAGGGUUGUACAAAAACAUACAAUAUAUUAUUACCUUUCAUUAAUUAUACUCUAUUAUAUGGCAGUUUCGCCCUUCUUUGCAUCGUCAGGGAUUUUAAGGGUCUGAAGUGUUUAUGAAAGGAGGCGAAAAACAACAGAACUAGAAAAAAAAAGAUAAAAAUAAAUGCCAAAAUCUGGAAAGAAAGGUUUCAUAAUUAAAUUGUUUGCGUUACAUUUCAAUAAAUUUCAUAAUUUUCAAUAUUGCAUUUCAGCAGAACAAUAAGUACAUGUAUAUUUCUUGAACCGUACCACUAUUCGAGUGCAUUACAUUCGAAACAUGACUAGCGUAUGAAAUUGCGACAAUUAUUCGUAAGAAAUCUACAUAUUGUAAUCUCAUCAGAGACAGUAAUAAUUUCAUCACCACAAUCAUCUCUUAAGAAAUCAAUAUCAUUUCAAUAAUGAUGUUAUUUUCAUAUAAAAUCAUUAACUAUUUCAUAUGAGAAAAUAAUUAUGAUUUAUUGAAAUGUUAAAAUGCUUACAUUAUUAGUAAUUUUUUUGGCGCGUGGUAUAUUCAGAAUCAAGACAUACA